UGUCUACGUAUUUAAUCUGUUUAUGUAUAAAUAUAUCUGCUAAAGGUUAAAAUGUCUGCGUAUUUAAUCUGUUUAUCUAUAAAUAUAUCAGCUAAAGGUUCAAAUGUCUGCGUAUUUAAUCUGUUUAUCUAUAAAUAUAUCUGCUAAAGGUUAAAAUGUCUACGUAUUUAAUCUGUUUAUCUAUAAAUGGCGGACUACCGUUGUUUACAAGAAAACAUGGUGACCUAAAAUCAGUACCUUUUGCACUGUUGGCCUCACUGAACGGAGUAGCAAUGUUUGGGUCAUCUCAUGACGUCACACUUCUAAACACAGUUACAAGAGAAUGUAGAAUACAAUGGAGAGACUAUCAUAACAGUAUCAGGCUUAUCAUAGUGGUUCCCUUGGAUUCUGUUGGGGACUUCCAUGUACAUAGACUUCUGGACUGUAUUUUUCAGAGUUUGGUUUUAUUCUGCGGGCUUGAUGACCUAAUAGCACUCAGAAAUAUAGAUCGUGUAAAGUAUGAACUAAGAUCAGCGUUCCCAGUUAUUGAUCAUUUGCUCUCCGGACUGCAACCCAGUGAUAAAUCUGUUCUGUUCGGAGAUCUGAUUGGUGGAGCUGAUGUAAUCUGUGCUCAAGAAUCCGGAGCUCUCCAACCCUACUUGGAGAACUAUACAGAGGCUGUUGACAGUACAUAUGGGGCUGUUUUUGUUGCUGGCAAAAUAGUUUGUGCUACAAGUAACUGGUGGGGGUUACAUACUGAUGAACUGUCCCUUCUAUCCUGUUUUAUCAGGACGGAAUAUCCUUCUUCUCUCUCAGAUACGCCCAUCUUCCUUCCUGUCAAGAGUCCUACAGUACCCUUUCGUUUGGUCACUUGUAGAUACAGGUAA